CCACGACAGAAAAUAUCUGGCAUUCAGCACGGACAAUGGUGUAGCAGGUGUCUUCGAGUUGUCCACAGGACAGAUCCACAAAAUGAGAACUCAGCAUACAAGCAUCUGCGGUUCGGUCAAGUUCGUACCCGACAGGCCAAGCGAGCUGGUCAGCGGAGGGUACGACCGCAAGCUUCUCCACCACGACUUCCAGCAGCGCACGCCACUCUCGGACUUUGACCUCGCCCAAUCAUCGCCCUCCAUGCCUUCCGACGAGCCUGGCCUGCAGCUGUCCCCGCCAUUUGUCUUAUCCACUGCCAUAUCAUCGACCGGCAUGUUCGUAGCAACCACCGCGAAUGGAUUGGCCUUCGUCGGUGCGGGCGGUGAGAAGUGCCCUCUUGGUCCCGCCAAGUCGAAGAAGCGAAAACGAAGAUGGGAGGUCUGAAGGAGACUGAGGGGAUAUGGGUCAAGGUCGCAGAGGGGCCUGUCGUGGCAGUCGCUUUUCUUGACCCGCAUCAACUGGUGACAUGCACGCUACUGGGCGAGCUCAAACAGUUCACCGUUGAUCAUCGUGACGCACAAGCCGAGAACGACACAACGAUCGAAUGCCGCACGGGAUGGACCAGUCACACAGAUAACAUCGCAAAAGUAAACGCUCUA